AUGAGCUUGACAGCGCUCAACCUGCCCACAAAAGCGUGUCACAACUGUAGGCGCCGCAGAUGGAGAUGCGACCGCAGCCUUCCUGUUUGUCAAAAGUGCCUGACAUCAGGCUCUGACUGUCAAGGCUAUGGGAAGCUGUUCGUGUGGAAUCGCGGGGUUGCGAGUCGUGGGAAGAUGAUGGGGAAGCGAUACGAGGAAGAGGCCGUGUCCGGACAUGACGGAACGAUGGACGAAGCCAAGACCCAGACCACGCCUCGGUUGGUCUGGGAAGAAGAGGAAGGCAUACAACGACAUCAGUCGGAGAGUAGCAUGCGGGACGUUUCUCGGGAAUCGUCGCAUGCCGCUUCGAUGCAGACCGACAACGAGACGGCGUUGACGGUUCAACGGCCGUUAGUCGAUCCUCUAGUGAACGACCUGGAUCAUCACUCACGCUAUUACCUAUACCACUUCGCAACGCAGUUGUGCGAAGUGAUGGUCGUCUACGACAUGCCUGGCCAGAACCCUAUACGCGAUCUUAUACCUGCGACUUCUGCGUAUCCGCUAUUGCUCCACAUCAUCAUUGCGAACUCCGCCUUCCACAUCUUCAACCUCUCGCACAACCCCAUUGGCCAGUCAGCUUAUCAGACAGAACAAAGCCCUUGCCUUGUCGCCUAUUAUCAAGCUGUGAGUCGCUUUGGUGGGCCGUUGAAGUCAUCGUACAGAGAUGCGCUCGUGGCAAAACAACAAGCUCUCGCCCUACUUGCGCAGAACGUCGCUACCGUGAACGAGUCAAACAUCGAUCUGAUACUGAUAACGAUUCUAAUGUUUGUCAACUACGCCCUCGUCGAAUCUGGCCGGGACAAGUGGAAGGUACAUAUGGAGGGCGCUCAAAAACUUAUCAUGCUACUUGGCGAACCACCAUAUUUACAGCACUCAAUGAGUCGACUGCGUCUAACUAUCCUGUCAGACUUCCUGGUCUUCUACAUCCUUGGCUCUACGUUCUCCUUUUCCACGACGCCACAUCUGAUCCCAGAAGCCAUUCAAAUGGAGCCUAUUCUUCGAUAUGCGGAGACGAACAACUACCUGUCGUGCCCCGGGCCUUUGCUUCGCAUCAUGAUUGAAUCUUUUGGGUUACCUAGUACGCGCCACUCGCCCUCGAACAAUAGCGUCCAAGAGCAAGUGGGCAUCCUCUUACAGCGCACUCUCGCCUUUGACCCUGUGGCAUGGUCUUGUGACUUUGAACAUGCGUCGCCUCUGGAGGAUGUUCAGCAACGCAUAUGCAUAGCGUCUGCACACCGUUCAGCAGUAUGUAUCUAUCUCGCGCGAGUACUUCCUUGCACCAAUCCUCUCCUUGACCCUAUGAGCGGCGCGGCGCUAGUUAGUCUGACUGGCCUCUCCAACGACGUCAUAUAUCACAUAUCGCACCUCAAACCAGGAGAUGUGCUCUACAAGUCUAUCUGUUGGCCCUUGUUUCUGGCCGGCGCGGAGUCAGAAGACCCAAUUCAACGAGAGUGGAUUAUGGAUACGCUCGAUCACUUGUACAGUAUGAUGUACUGGGGGUAUAUCCAUACCGUCAAGAGGGUUCUAGAAGCGAUAUGGCUCUGCAAAGACAGGGCAGAAGCCGGGGCGGACAACAUCUGGGUGGAAGAAGUCAAAGAGUUUGGAAGUGAGCUGUUGAUCGCUUGA